AGCGAAAGUUACAGUGGGUGCAAGUAUCAUCUUCACACACAGUCACCGACACGCACGCGUCGGAAUCGGCCCAUGAACAGCAACGACGCAAGGCCGAAGCCCCUUUUCAAGUCUUCGAAGCCCGGUGCUUCUUUUGCAUUUAAGCCGCGGACUACGCUUUCGUCGGCACAGAAGCCUGAUUUCUCCAAAGCUCAACCGCCGCCAGCACAAGAAAAUACGACGACGGCCGCGAACAAGAACAACAACAAAAACAAGUCUCGCCUUGACGAUAUCACUGCUCUCAAAGACCUCGGCGCCAUGGUCAACGAACGCGCGCCUCCCAAGGCGCCCCUACAGUCCAUCAUGCCCAAUAGCGGCCCAGCCCGUGAGAAGUCACCAGAGGACGAUAUCACCGCCAUAAUGAACGGCUUCGCAUCGCUCAAGAGCAAGCUUCGAGCUGAUUCGGGAGAUUCAUUCAACUCGUCCGGCAGCGCCGCAACCAACAGGCCUACGUUUGGCCACCCAACCACAAUGAUGUCGUCCCGCAAGCAGAAAGCCGACCCAUUCAUUCGUCAGAAGACACGACCCGAGCACCACAUCGACCAGAACAGAGUUGCUGGUCCGAAGGCCCCGAGCUAUCAGGAUAGGAAGCCCCCGCCGAUGCAGAUGUUCAGCUCAAAUGCCCCAGUUGCCCCGCCGAAGAGUUAUGGCGGGGGGGAGUUCUACACAGACCCUGCAAAGGCGAGUGCAGAUCUCAAGGCCUUGCUGGAGGGCGGGAUGGAUGAUGAGGACGAAGAAGAGGAAGAAGAGAAGCCACAGCAGUCGCAAGAAUCACAGGGAAGUGCAGCUGGAGGUGAGGCAAGCGAGGCCAACGUCGAGACAAAGAAGGCAGAUGCCGCGAAGAGCGCCAAGGACGGAACAGUAGACGGCCUCAAGGUGAAGCUGCUACCGCAUCAAGUCGAAGGCGUUCAGUGGAUGCGUGGUCGAGAGCUCGGCCCCAUCAAGCGAGGAAAGGUCCCCAAGGGCGGGAUCCUGGCUGAUGACAUGGGUCUUGGAAAGACACUGCAAAGCGUCUCCCUGAUCCUCACAAACCGGAAGCCAGAGAAAGAUUCCCCAGGAUGGAAGAAGAGCUUUGAAAAGGUUGAGAAAACCACCCUCGUGGUAGCACCGCUGGCGCUCAUCCGGCAGUGGGAGCACGAGAUCAAAGACAAGGUGGAAAGGUCACAAGGGCUCAAGGUCUGCGUCCACCACGGACCGCAGCGAACGAAGCGUUUCCAAGAGCUAGCUCUUUACGAUGUGGUCGUCACAACCUACCAGAUUCUCGUUUCGGAGCAUGGUCACUCUUCGGACGCCGAGGGUGGUGUCAAGGCAGGAUGCUUUGGGCUGCACUGGUGGCGAGUUGUCCUGGACGAGGCUCACACCAUCAAGAACCGCAAUGCAAAGGCCACCAAGGCGUGCUACGCGUUGCGUUCUGAGUAUCGAUGGUGCCUGUCCGGUACGCCUAUGCAAAAUAACCUGGACGAGCUCCAAUCUCUCGUCAAGUUCCUCCGUAUCAGCCCCUACGACGAUCUCAAGGAGUGGAAGGCCCACAUUGACCUGCCUUUGAAGAACGGAAAAGGACACAUCGCCAUCCGCAGACUACACAGUCUUCUUCGAUGCUUCAUGAAGCGCCGUACGAAGGAGAUUCUCAAGGAGGCUGGAGCGCUCAACCCUGGUGGUAAACCAUCCGCCGAGGGUGAGCCAUCCACAACAGGCUUCAAGGUGACUGAGCGCAAGGUUGUCACUGUAUCAACCGAACUGUCUCCCGCAGAGCGUAAAUUCUACACGCGAUUGGAGGCUCGCACUGACCGAAGUAUCGAGGUCAUGAUGCGUGGUCGGGUCAACUACGCCAACGCGCUGACCCUCCUGCUGCGGUUGCGUCAGGCAUGCAAUCACCCCAAGCUGUUGGAGGGUAAACUGGACAAAGACAAGGAUGCGUUGACAACCGACUCGAGCCAAAAGUCUCAGGAAGCAGAUGUUGAUGCCAUGGCUGAUAUGUUCGCCGGCAUGGGGAUCGAAUCCAAAUCCUGCAACAUCUGCGGACGGGCGUUGAACACUCAAGACAGCAGACUGGGUAGGGACAUUUGCUCAGAGUGCCACGAUGACUUGGCCUAUUUCAACGCGCAUGAAAAGCCGGAGAAGAAUGACUCAAAGAAAGACAAGUCCAAGAAGGAGAGAUCUAAGAAGGACAAAUCUAAGAAGAAGCGGGAAGGGAAAGCUGUUGAGGAGAAACCUGCAGCGGAGGAGGUCGAGUCACCCGUGAAGACCAACCGUCGCCCUCGCAACCGCAACGCCAUUAUCGACAGCGAAGAUGAGGAGGAAGCUGAAGGUAGCUGGCUCGUCCCUGAAGAUGAACAGGGCGUCCUGCGACUCGGCAAGGCCGGUGGGGAGGAGGACGAGAACGCUGAGGGUGGCGGCGACUCUCUUGGCUCUGAGGACUCUGAAGACGAGGAUCAGAGCAACGCGCAGGACCAGAGCAACCUCAGCAGCUUCGUCGUGGAUGAUGAAGUGGCCAAGAAGGAGAAAGGAUACCAGUCGGUUGAUGAGGCGUCGGAUGAUGAUGACUCGCUGCUGUCCGUGUCGGCCCUCACGAAGCAGAUGGCAGCCCAGACUCUGGACGAUGAGCAAGAUAACUCCAUUGCCGAUACUUCGACGGCAGACACUACUGCAGCCGAUUCUUCUGUUGCUGAUAUUACUGCGGCGGAUACCACAACCACCCCUGAUUCGGAGACAUCAGACUCGGAAGAGGCCUCUGAAGAGGACUCCGAAGACGAUUCCUCGAUCCUCUCCUCCGACGAUGACGAUGUGCACCAUUCUGCCUACAACUCCCAGCCAAGCCAUGUCCUCGCCUCGGCCAAGAUCCGUGAGCUCAUCAAGAUCCUGCGGGCAGAGGUCCGGGAGCACAAGUUUAUUGUCUUCUCCCAAUUCACCUCUAUGCUCGACCUCGUUGAACCCUUCUUCCGCAAAGAGGGCUUCCGAUUUGUUCGCUACGACGGAUCGAUGAAGAACGACGAGCGUGAGGAAAGCCUGCGGAGUCUGCGGUCUGACAAGGCGACCCGGAUCCUCCUAUGCAGUCUCAAAUGUGGUAGUUUGGGACUAAACCUUACGGCCGCGACAAGAGUUGUUAUCCUUGAGCCGUUCUGGAACCCUUUCGUCGAGGAACAAGCAAUCGAUCGUGUUCAUCGCCUGACACAAACCGUCGAUGUCAUCAUCUACAAACUCACUGUCGCCAAAACGGUCGAAGAGCGUAUCCUCGACCUCCAAAACAAGAAGCGCCUUCUCGCCGAGCAGGCUAUCGAGGGCAGCAUGAAGAAGGGCACCUUCAAGCUUGGCCUCAAUGAGCUCAUCGACCUCUUCAAGCCUGGCUCGACUGAUAACCACGCCCUGCUGGGCUCAGUUGACGGGGAGGAGGAGAGUGUCGAGGAUCGGGGCUACAGGGCCGCGACGAAUAUGAGGAAGAAGCCGACGAUGGCGAGACAGGAGAGCGAGGUUUAUGGCCGACGAUGGUAAAUGAUACUGGACACAUAAGGCAGGCACAUGGCGUUUAGAGGGGAUUUGCCAAUUUUGGGGACUCGCUUAGACCAUGGUCAUGGUAUGAUAGAUGUCUUGACGAAUCAACUGUUUAUGUUUCUUUCAACUUUCACGUUGGAUGCUCUUGUCAGGGAAAUGGCAUUCAUAUACGAACGAGUAAUAUAUGUCUCAUUCUCAC